AUGUACUAUUCUAAUAACCUCAGUCCACAUUUGACCUUCCCAGAGAACACACAACUCAACGGCGCCUGUAUGACAGUUGUUCAGACUUCACAGAAGUUUAAUGUAGUGAUGGCAGAAUCAAGAGAUAAGACGGUAUCCCGGAGUUAUUUGAAGUUGCAUUUAAGCUUGUGCACAUGGUUAGGUUUGAGUUGGCCACAAUUUACUCACCCGGUUGUAAACGUGCUUUUUAUUCUUCGCGCCUUUUGCAUCAACGGCGUUUACACUGUUCUGAUAAUCGGAUGUUAUACUCAUAUGAAAAUUGUCAACAAAUUUGACUUACUGAACUCUAGUAUAAAUGUGUUGCAACUACUUAUAUACUGCCAGGGAAUAAUGCACGUCGUUUACUGCGGGAUUAAAAGCAAAGCUAGACAUCGUUUGAUCGCACAAAUUCGGAACACCUUCAGAUAUGCCUCGAAUACAGGUCAUUUCACGAUGGAAGAACCAGAGAUGAAGAACAAGCGAGUCGUUAUUACGUGGAUGACGAUAUUGAUCCUAUGUUCGACCGGUUUUUUCGGUGCGGCGAUAGUCCGAGAAGAGGAUUCGGUUCCUGUUUGGGCGCCAGUGAAUCUCAAAAUUAGUCCUUACUACGAAAUCAACAUGAUCCUGCAGUUUGCAGGGCAGUUUUGGAUCGGUUCACUGAGUGGAUGUUUUGGUAUUUUCUAUUUUAGCGUCGUAGCGUUAGUCAAAGCUCAAUUUGACAUGCUUUUAUGUUCACUGGAGCACGUGGGUCCUCUUGCUGUUCUGAAAACGAAAAUGAGAGUUCAGGAUGGGCACGAGAAGACACCUAUUCAAACUACCUCGAAGGGUUAUACCUCGGAUGCAGGAAAUAACGGAACGAAAAUUUCUGAUAAAUGUCAGUGUUGUACAGAAGAGUUUAAACGGUUCUUCAAAGCCUUUGAGAAACGACGGUGUGAGAAAGUUCUCUCGCUCUUUGAAGAACGAGUUUACGAGGAAGAACUUGAGGCUGCGUUACAAGAUUGUAUUGUUCACCAUCAAAGUAUUUUGAGACUAAAAGAUGCCUUGCAGAGUUAUUUUGGCACCGUUCUACUCCUUAGAUUUUUUCUCGUCACAUUGAUAAUAUGCUUUGUCAUAUACAGUCUGAGUAAGCUGACUGUAAGUGCGGACUUCAGCCCAACCGAUAUGAGAUUUCUCAGCCUACUGGAAUACUACGUAGCUUGCUGCGGAGACUUGUUCAUAUCUUCUUACAUUCCCGAUAGCCUUUUACGCACGAGCGCCCUGAUUCCAAGCGUCGCAUUCGAAACCCUACCCUGGCACGGGGGUAGCGUUACAGAAAAGUUCUUCUCAAGUAUGAAGAUAUUUCAACUCGGUACAAGGAAACCGAUGAGCGUGCGGACGAUAUUUUACGUUGUAUCUCUUGACAUAGUGGGAAAUGUGCUCCGAGCUAGUUUCUCCUUCUACACAAUGCUGCGCAAGGUACAAAACAAUUGAACAAAUAAACAAUAGCUGUAAACUAACCACCCGGA